AUGGUGAUAGUGAGCAUCCCAAACUGCGAAAAUUUUGAUCGGACCCUCGUAAACUAUGGCUACUAUCAUGGAUUACUACCACGAGAAGAUGUUCCAUACUUACUACAACGAAACGGAGACUUUUUGGUUAGAAUUGCUGAGUCAGAGAAAACUGACGCGAAAAUGGAAAUGGUGCUGUCCGUUCUGCACGAUCCUACUGGUCGUUUUGCACGUGUUAAAAAAGCUACGAACCGAGCAAAUUGUAUAUUGCAUUUGGUUAUACAGAGCAAAAUAAAAGCAAAAUACUGUAUUGAUAACGGGGCUGCGUUUGACUCGGUAAACGAAUUGAUACAGUACUUCUCGAAGAACACGAUUAAAGUCAGAAGGAUGGAUAUACGACUGGGGUACGCUAUUCCUCUUGCACCAUGGGAGAUUGAAGCGAAGCAUGUAACAAUUGGUGACAUUUUGGGUGGACCAGGAUGGUUAGAAUUACGUAAAUGUACAAUUAAAGUGCUCGGAGAAGAUAUUCGAGCCGUGGCAACAAUUAUUCACAAAUCUCCAUUAGCGAAUGAAGCAGUGAAAGAAUUGGCGAGACAAUGUAGGCUACUACGAGAAUUACAGUAUCCUUGUAUAAUACGAUUCUAUGGUGUUUGUCUAGUAACACAACCUUGUUACUUUUUUAUGGAAUUCUUCUCAGAAGGAAAACUGAACUUAUACUUGAUCAAACAUCGAGGAAACUUGAAAAGAGACGAACUUCUACAGAUGGUUAUGAGUGCAGGUUGGGGACUCGACUAUCUGCAUUCACAAGGAAUUCUUCAUCGAGAUUUAGCGGCCAGGAAUUGUUAUUAUAACAAACAGAUGGUCAAAAUCGGAGGUUUCAAUCUUGCAAGAAAAACACUGGUGUACUCAAUGAAAUCACUACGACGAUUCCCAAUUCGAUGGAUGGCACCCGAAUCUGUGCAGAUGUUUCGAUUUUCACAAAAAUCCGAUGUCUACGCUUAUGGAGUGCUUAUCUAUGAGAUAUUCUCACAAUGUGAACCUUAUGAAGGGCGUUCUGCACAAGAAGUAAAAGCACUCAUCAAGAAAGGAAAAACGAAUGUUUUCCCGGCAAAAACACCAAAAACGCUUGCAGAUUAUGUGAAACAGCAAAUGUGGGAAAUAAAUCCGAAUAAUCGAUCAAAUAUGAAAGAUAUUAUGGAAUAUUUAUCAAAAUAUACCGGAUUCAAACUAGAAACGGGAGCUCUAGGGAAACUCUCUGUUCAACGGACCCUUACCGCACCAGUGACGAACGACGUCGAUUUUGAAGUCGCAGCAGAGGAAGGCGCCGCUCAACCUCAUGUGGUGGAAGGGUUGGUUAUUGGCGGUGGAAAACCGUCACCAGGAACAGUUCUUCCAAAAGAACUAGAUGCCAAGCUUCUCAAAAAACCUCGCGUCAAAUCCGUGGAGAAGAAGAAGACCGUAGCAAGCAAGGAAGAGCCCAAAAUUCCGCUGCAACUCGAAGCAAAGCCAUUGGAUAAACCAGCUCAAACAGCAGCUGAACAAAAGAAAAUCACCACCACUGCACCUCAAGUAACUAAAGAAAAGGAACCGGAGAAGAAGUCGGCCGUCCAGGAGCAAGUCGUCGUGAAACCCGAAGAAGAGGAUACCAACAUUGCUGGAUUUGCUAACCAAGCUGGUGAUCUACUUUUCGCUUUCGGCACAGCGCUCGUACAAGCAUUUCAAGGAGGAACAAAAACUGAAGCAAAAUCACAAAUAAACAGACUUGAGGAACAAAAGACGCAGUCAUUGUUGGUUUCUGAAGUGACAGCACCAGCUCCUGUAGCACUUCCAGAAGCAAUGCCCAAGAAGACUGUUCCUGAACCCCCGAAAGCAGAGAAAAAGGGUCAAAUCGAGAAACAAAAGCCUAGAAGUAAAAUGAUAACUAAUCUUAAGAAGGCGAAGAAACGAGGAUGA